AUGGCUACCUCUGUGAACAAUAUAGCGGCAACGUUCGCCACUCUUCCGGUUUCAUCGUCCUCGUUUUCUUCUUCUUCGUCAUCGUCAUCAUCUUUAAGCCCAGCACUCUUCGCUGCUUCCAUGUCGCCUCAGCCCAUAUCGGCGGCGUGGAAUCCUCACGCAGCCCUUCCUCGCUCCAAGAAAUCUUCCCUCCUAAGCCUGUACGGCGGCCCCGGUCCACGACCCCUUCACUUCGUGACCUUCCGUCCUGGCCAUCAUAUAACCCAACGGCCCGCCGCAUUCAUCUCCGUGGGCGACAAACUCCCAAAUGUCACCCUCUCUUACCUGGAUCGAAACAACAAGCUCCACACCGUUGCCGUUCCGACUCUCGCCAAAGGGAAGAAAGUCGUUGUCAUCGGGGUCUCCGCCGCGUUCUCACCGAGUUGCACUCGGUUCGUUCGAGCGGCCGAGGAGAAGAACGCCGAUGUGGUCACGUGUGUUGCCAUGAACGACGUCUUCGUGAUGAAGGCGUGGGGGGAACAUCUGGAGGCUGGAGGGGAUAAGCCGAUCAUGAUGUUAUCUGACGGGCAGGGUGAGUUCUCUAGGGCUCUUGGGAUGUCACUCGAUAUCAGUCCAAGUUCUCCUCCGUUGGGACUGGGGACUCGUUCCAGGAGGUUCUGUUUGGUUGCUUUGAAUGGAGUGGUCAAGAGUCUUCGCUUGGAUGAAGAGCAUGGAUUUGUGCCUGCAGACGGCCGUGACGUCUUAUACGACCAUAAAAUCCCACAAAAAGCAACAAGAGAUCAUUUAUUCUUGCAUUCUAAUUGA